AUUUGUUAAAUUCUUUCAGUAAGUUGGAAGCAAUAUAUUUUGCUGCACUCAAGUGUUUUAAAUCGUACCUGUUCGGUGAAAUCUAUGAAGAUAGAUAUUUUCAUCGAGUGUUUUUGAAAGUACAACGUAACGGAUUGUAAUACUGAUAGCUGUAGUAAUAAUUAUGCUUGGAGCCAAGAGAUAUGCUACUUCCCGAGGGGAUGCCGUUUCUUUUCUUGAAUUUGGAUCUCUUGAUAUUAAAUGCAUACCGGAAAUAGGUGUGGAUAGAACAAUUGCAAGUAACUGCUCACCUAGUCUUUCGCCUACAUCUACGGAAUCGUCAAUAUCGUAUCUUUCGUCAGAUAUAUUGAGUUCAUAUUCGCCCACUCCUAUCGGCAGAUCUAUCACUCCCACUUGGAAAACCAUAAAUAAUUUAAGUAGCGAUGGAGUGCUGGACAUGAACGUGCCUGUCUUAAUGAAACGCAACGAAAAUGUUCAUCAGGGACAUAAUGAGGGAUCUAAUGGACAAUUAGCUCUGCAACAGCAUUUUGGGAAAUUAUUAUACUAUACACAAAACCAAAUGGAACAGAAAGACGAAAUAUCCAAGUCCCUUAAAAUGUUCGCUUUGUUGGCUUCUUGCAAAUAUGAAAACGAUCCGUUAGAAGCAACUAAAGACUCUCCAGUAGAUGACAUAAUGGAAGAAUUUUAUUGUAACGGAUAUGUUGCUGACGAAAAAAAUUUAUUUCAACAAGGAAAAGCAUGGCAUAAUCCUUACUAUAACUUCAAUACAAAUAUGUGCAACAAUAAUGGCAACCAGAGCAAUUUAAGUUUUGGAGUUAUAAAUUAUGGACAUAACAAUAGUAGUGUCGCUGCUAAUCAUAGUAUUAACAACAACAAUGCUUUGAAUCAACAUUGUUUUGAAGCCAAGUUAGGUAUGCUGAACUUACCGGCCCCGUCGCCUUAUUUCAAUAGCAACAUGGCAUUGCAGAUCCCACAGCAAAAUACUGCUGGAAUAACAGUUGCCGCAGCAGCUGCUGCCGCCAAUAUUGACUACAACAACAAAAACUCAAAAAAGGCACAGAAGCGGUAUAGCAACGCAAAGUUGGAUAAGUUCUCUGCAGUAAAACACUGUGUUUUUUGCGAAAAUAACAACGAACCGGAAGCUGUAGUGAGAAGUCAUGCCGUACGCGAUUCGCUAGGACGUGUUCUAUGCCCCAAAUUACGGACUUACAUUUGCCCGAUUUGUAAAGCCUCGGGGGAUAAGGCGCAUACAGUUAAAUAUUGCCCGCAAAAGCCUAUUAUUACAAUGGAAGACGCAGUAAAAGCUGAAUCUUUACGCCUAGCAAAGAACUUGUACUUCAAACAAGGAAUGAAAGUAUAAGAAAUUAGUUUUUUAAAUUCUAUCUUAAUAGAAAUUUCUUUAAAAAGAAAAUUUUUCGUUUUUGUAAAUAUAGUUUCUAAGAGUCGUACAGAAAAAUGAAUGUACGUUAAAUUAUUAAUUAUUAUUUACUUUUCGUUUUAGUAAAUAAAUUUUGUUAAGGGUAAAAAAAUGUAUAUGAACGCACAUAUAUGCCUUAAAAAAUGAAUCGUUUAAUUUAAUAAACCAUUCACGUAUUUAAAUUUCCUGCUUAAUAUAGAUAAGUAUAAAUUGAAGUGAAAGCAAUAUUUUUCCUUAUUAAAUAGCGCAGAGUUGGUUAAACUCAUUUAAUUUUCUGAUGUGUUGAAGUGAUAAUUGACACUUAAAUUAAAAUAUUGGCAUACUUCAAUUGAUCUCAUUGAACUGUUCAAUAUAACAUUAUACUUAUAAAUUACAUAUCUUUACUAUAUUAAUAACUUAACAGCUCGUAAUUCAUUAGCUUUGCAGCUACUCGAUUUUAAUAUUUUAAUGUAUUGUUCUUUAUUGAAGUAUUAACCUGCUGGUGGCGUUAAAAUCGAUUUAGUGGCUCAUGCCGCUUUUUAUAUAUGAACUUAUAUAUUGAACUUGUGCCUAAAAAAUAAAAUUUUUUAAUACGCUCAUUACAAAACUAUCGCAUACAAUGACAAAAUAUAUAAUAAAUCUUUCGCUAUUCAUAAUUGCUUAUAUUUUGUAUUGAGUUUAGUUUCUAGAAUAUCAUCGCCAAGAUACUCUAAAAUGCUGGUAUUUUUUGUGUAAUUUACUUAAGGUGGUAUAUAUAUGUAAACGUAUUUGGAGUUUAAUUGAAAUGGUAAAUUAUGUAAUUACCAUAAAUAUAAGUUUUGUUUUACAUACAUACGUACCAUGUAACUAUCUACAGCUAUUGUAAAUAAAUAAAGAGUAUUCAAACUUAUCUUUCUAAAA